AUGGCCCCGCAACGCUUGCUCAAGCUAACACUCGCCCACUACCGAAACCCCGACUGCUCCGAGGAAGAAUGUCACCGCUUCCUCACAGAGGAGUACAUUCCCAAAGCAGUGGAGAUACACCAACGCCAUAGCCUAGAAAUAUACAGCUAUCACUUCACCCCGAGUCCGCUACAGAACAUACUCCGCAGCGCUUGCGACCGUCUCCAGAACGGCUGGACGGUUGACGACCACGACCUUACGGUAGAUUUCUACUUCCGAGAUAUCGCGGGCUUGGUGACGGUAUCGACGGACCCAGAGUUCAUUGCUCUCCAGUCCAUUGAAGGGCCCUUUAUCAGUAAGAAGGGCAUUGUGGCCCGUUUGGGAUGGGUGGAAACAUAUAUUGCCGAUGAGAAGCCUGUAAAUUUGAUCGAGGGGAAAUCGCAGUAUGAGAGCUACGAAGAGGCAUCUGCUAUUCAACUUGGGCUUUGA